GCGGCCGCUCGCAGCCAGGAGAGCAGCAGGUGGGGCGCCUGCAGCCGGCCGAGGAUGUCUCUGCAUUCUUGGGACAAGGAGUGCGAGGACAGGACAAGCUCAGAGCCCACGUACUCCAUCGCCAGUGUCUACCAGUUCGACGUCGACGAGGACCUGAAGGGCUCCGAGCGCCAGGAGGGCAGCGAGUACUCGGACGAGCCUUCCAGCACCUUCCAUUCCGACGUGCCACACGUGGUCCCUUGGAAGUUAAUCAUCUCCUUGGCCUUCCCUGCGCAAGUGGGUCAUAAAGUGAAAUACACGAGGCUGAUUGAAAAAUACAGAAAGCACCCUCGGCUGGAAAACCCAGCUGUGAAGGCUCAUCGCUUCUGUCACAUUGAGUAUUUCCUGCUGCCGGACGACACGGAGCCCAAGAAGGCUGACUUGGUGAUUUUUCCAGCAGUGGCCAAGGUGUUCCUGGAGUCAGGAGUAAAGAUUGUGAAGCUGUGGGAAGAAGGGGACAGAGUCUGGGUGUCGUGGACCCAAACGUUCAACAUCAACGUCACGAAGGAAUUGUUGAAGAAACUAAGUGUUCACAAGAUAACCCUGAAGCUCUGGAACACUAAGGACAAGAUCUCGAGGAAGGUCCGGUACGGCUUGAAGACCGCUGGCUCCAUGGACGAUUUAGGAUCUUUUAGAAAAUAGGAAGUGCGACGAUUGGUCGUGAGCCAGCGGAGCCUGUCUGCCAUGGGCUCGGAGAAAGCCAGUGCCAUCAGGACGGGCUGGGAGCAGGAGGACCCUCCAGAGAAACAGGACAGAGCGGAGAAGCACUCCAGGUGCCCACACGGUUCUCGCCAAAUAGAGGCUGAAAGUUCUCCCAAGAGUUGCGAAGAACACGAAAAGUCAGCCUCAAGGGGGAAUAAUUCAAAGGCACAAACUAUGCCCCUGCCAGAGGUAACCAUGAUGGAGAUCAAUGAAAUAAUUGAGAGAUCGUCAUUUAGCAGCUUAGACAGGCAGCGAACUCAAGCUAGAGGGAAAGAUUUCGAAGGACAGAAGAAAAGCCAGAAGAAGAAGCCUCCGUCUGGGAUGGAGGAGGCGGCCAGCCGGAAGCUGGUGGGCCACUGGAAGCAGAGCGCCUUCUCCAUCCAGCUGGUGGUGAUGCCGCUGCUUGCCGGGUGGCAGACCAUCAUGAGUCGCGGCAGUGAGAAGUCUGCCAACGUCUUGGAUUGCCUUCUGACGCUGAGGACGGAAGUUCCCAUCAUGACCGAGGAGCAGAAGCAGGACUUAAACCCCCUGAUCAUAAAGAUCGAGAGCGCCUCCUGCCUUCCGUCACAGCCUGUGCCCAUUCCCGAGCUAGAGAGGCUGUGUAUGCCUGUGUACUGCAGGUACCAGUUCCACAACACUCCGAUCCACACGACCGAGGGGGAACCCCAUGCAACCCACAUUCAUUUCCAGGAUAUCAACGUCGUCUUCCUCGGGGCGAUGCACCCCAGUGACCUGAGGGAAUACCUGGAAGGCCCCCCCAUGGUGGUGGAAGUUCAUGACCGGGACCGGAAGUCGGAAGACUAUUCGCAGAAGCCCAGUGUGUUUGGGGAGGACCCCCUGGAUUUGUACCUCAACCUGCCUUCCAUAAUAUCCCCUAGAGAGACAGAGGACAACCCAUUUGAGUCCCAGAAGAAGAUGUGGGACCCUUACGGGGUUGCCCGGGUCAGUUUUGCUGACCUCCUUCUGGGCCACAAGUUCUUGGACCUGGAUGUCCCUAUCCACAGCUGUGAACCCAAGCUCAUAGACCCCAGGGAAGACAGUAGCCUCAGGAAGGUUGGGGGGUUCCGGGUCCCCAAAGAUGGCCUCCACCAUGGCCCAAUGCCCAUGGGCAACUACCUGGAUGCUGAAUCGCAGCUGAAGCUUCGGGUGGACAUCACAGUGCCACUGAAGGCUGGGGCCAAAGCCUCCGACCUGGACCUCCUAGGCUCCCCGUUUGGCCGCAUCGUCAUACUGCUGGACCACAAGAAGCUGUUCCUCCUGCACAGCCUGCUGGAAGACAUCACCAUGGUCAACGCCAAGGCGCUGGACCUGGGCUCUUACCCCAUCAAGAACAUCCAGCAGAUCCUGUCGGCCUUCAAGGUGCGGGUGAAGAUCCAGGAGCAGCAACACCUGGAUGUGCUCACCGGCUUCCACCUGCUGGAUGGGGAGAUCGACCUCUUUGUCCUGGAAGGCUUGGCUGACCAAGGCCUGAGGCGGCUCUGGGAGGGCCUUCAGCACUGGAUCCCCGAGGAGUCGGAGAAGGGCAAGUACAAGGUGCUGUACAACUCGGAGCUGCGCUUCCGUCACCGCCUCUAUGGGGACCUGGACACCCUGCUGUGCCAGGUGCACCUCUUCAAGCCCGUGUCACUGCUCAUGCGGCAGGCGGCGCUCUAUGUGCGCCACCAGGUGCCCAGGAGCGUUUUCCGGGCGCUGGCCAGGAUCCACGACAUCUGCUACAGCAGCACUAGGCUCAGGGAGGUGAUUGUGGGAGACCUGCUGCCGUCCUCCGCCAUGAUCAAAGACCUGAGCCAAGAGUUCGGGAUCCCCAUCUCGCAGGAAGAACUUUCGGAGGAAACACUGUCGGCCGUACCCCUUGAGCCCAGCCCCAAUCUCGAGGACUUGCGAAGUCGGACCUCCACCCUCCCCGACGAGAUCCACGCCCACCAGGAGAAGUACCUGCGGUGGCGGAACACGGUACUCAAGAACAGAGGCCAGCACAGCCUGAUCCAGAAAAACAUCCUGGGAGCCCACCGGGCCAGCAAGAGUCCUCCGAAGCCUGUGGUGAGGGUGAUUAGAAUUUCAGCUCCUGCCCACCAGGCUGUCCACAACUACAGUAUUCAGACCCUGAACUCCACAGAGCUUGCCAAAAAGGAGCUGUAUCAAGAAAUGGCCAAGGAGCCAAGAAAGAGGUUCACGUACUCCCAGAAUUACCUCUCGGCCACCGUGGAGCCCCAGGACUCGGAGGAGGAGGAGAGGAGAGCCCGGAGGCGGUCCCGCCAGGCCUGGCUCACGGCCAGCGGCUUCCAGGUGACGGGCCUUCAGAGCAGCACGGCAGGCCCCGCCGAGACCCUCAGGCUGCCGCCCAUCAAGGAGCUGGACGAGGAGUGGAAGGAAAACGCCCUGUUCGCCAACGUGCUGCAGCCGGUGCUGGACCGGGAGCGGUGGAGCUGGGACCGGCGCCACCUGGACUUCGAGCUGUACAAGAAGCCACCUCCUUUCUUCAAGCUGCCCCCGGCCGUGCCACUGGAGCCUGUGACAGGCAGGAGAUGAAAUGGAGCAGCAGGGGCCCUCUCGCGGCCUCGGCACAGAGCACCUGCCCGGCCUCCCAGCCUCCCCUGCGGACAGCAGCCUGGGACUCGCCUUCUCGGUGACCAGCGCUGGGCUUCGUGGCCCUGCCUCCCACUGGCCCUGCCUCCCGGGACUGCCCGACAGGGCCACGCCACCCAGAGACUCCCUCUUUCCCACCCUCAGCUUCAUUAAAGUGCCAUUCGACAGAA